AUGAGUUAAGACGCCUUUGUGUCAGGCCCACCCUAACCCGGAUCCCUGGACUACCACGGUGGCACUGAUGGCGUGGUGGAGUCUGGACUGGUUGGGGGACAGGGGAGGCAUAGUAAGGUUGGGCUCCUCCUUUCGGGGAGGGAUUGGGGAGGACUCUCUAUCCCGAUUGGUGUACAGCAAGGAGGAAGGAAAAGAGCUAUAAAAAAGAGCGGCACGGGACUGUUGGGGGAGACACGGCUGACAUCUAACAUCAAUAAACAUCACUGUUCUAUCAACCUCGGCUCUCUGUCUGGUGAUUCCCUCCUCCCGUCUCCACGAGGAAGGCCGGAGACGUCCGAAGCCUGGUCAGGCUCGGGGAAGCUGGAAGAGGCAGUCUCUGUUGUGGUUUCCCAUUUUCCUGUGACCUGGCCCGGCCCCCAACAACUGGCGCCGGAACAGGGACAUGACCUGGAUGAAGACCAAGUCGGACCAAGAGUCUACUCACCGCGGGAACCAGGAAGAGGUGAGAAUGGAGAAGGAGAAAAGAGAUGGAUCCCAUUAUGAAAUGUCAGAGAAGUCCAGCAAAUGCCGUCGACGAUCUCUGAAGCAGAGACGAAGGGGAGGAAAAAAGAAACUUCGCAAGAGGGGACAUAGAGGCAUGAGAAAAAAUGCAUCCAGCAAGACAGCACGGCUUUCAUAGGCUUUUUGGCUGGCAUCCUGAUUGAUUCCGCUAUCGCCGCCCCUAUGGUCCGCCAUACAUUAAAAUGGAAAGAUAUUGUAACCACCAAAGAGGCAGCCAAUUAUUGGGCUGUUACUCCAAAUUUGCCUGUUUUCCAAAUGAUGACAUGGCGUCAUCAACCCCUUCCAUUAAUUGUGCGUGGUAAUGCUUCUUUUCUUGACAGCCCUUGGUUAGAUUUCUCAAUCGCAUUCACAAAUAAGACUUACAAUGGUACCCUAACUUUCCACACCCGCUAUGCCCCUAUCUGUGUAUAUUAUGAUACAAAUAGCUCAAAUGUUUUAGAGUAUUGUAUUCUUUUGACAUCAUGGAAAACUUCUCAAAGAUCCCACAGAGAUUGGGAUCUCAACAAUUUUACUAGUUCAUUAGAUGUUGAAUUGUGAGCAAUCCCACAUAAGGACCCGGUUAAUGUGUCACACAUAAGGCAAUCCUAUCUUCCUCCAUGUGCCCGUGAUGCAGAUGGAAUAGUAUUUACCCCUAUGAUUAGUUGUUCUACAGGACAAAUUGGUGGGAUUUAUAACAUUGGAGAGGAGAAGUUAAUUUUUUGGGAUAGAAAUACCACCUCCACUUCCGUUUUAGUAGCCCCUUCCCUAGUGGUGGAGGAUAUUCCACAAACUCAGCUAUGGAAAAUAGGAUUGGCCUUAUACGGUGUAAAUGUCUCUGUGAAUCUUUUCAAUCCAUUACAUAGGGAUUUGUCUCUUGGACAAUGGUUAGAGGUAUUUCAAAACAAAAAUUCUACCUGCCAUAGAAAUUAUGGAGAAAAUAGUACUCUCUGUUAUGAAUUUAAAGGACAAGUUCUUAUGCUAGAUGAUGCAGCCUUUAUGCUUUGUAGGCACCCUAGCAUUACUCAGGUGGAGGGUGGAUAUGUGAUCCAAUGUAACAAUCCCUUAAUUACUAAUAGACUUAAUGAGAAUUACAUAGGUUAUGCUGUGUUCCUUCUUAGAGUUCCUCCCUACACUAUUCAUCCUGUUCAAGUUGAUGAUUUUGCUACUUCUAUUUCUGAUGAGUUAAUUGGAAGAUUAAGUAGACAGAAAAGAGAAGGAGAACUGGCAGCUGCAUUGUCAGUAGUGAAUUUGGCUCUCAAUGUUAUAGAAGAGAUACAGAUACAUGAUAUACAAAAUCAGUUAAGUUUUGUAGCCACUUCGUUACAACAAUUUAUGGUUGAGAAUGGACAAGCUUGGAGACAUCAAGAACAGAUAGACAGUGCUCUGUUAGCUAGAAUAGCACAAACAACUGAGGUUUUGCAAGUGGUUGUACAUCAACAAGCUUUGAUGCUCCACUAUAUGAGAAUGCAAUGUCAUUAUAAAUACUAUCCUGUAUGUGUUACACCUGUUCCUUUUAACUCUACCUUAUAUCAAUAUUUGGAAGAUGUGUUAAGAAAUGCUACUUAUGUUACAAAUGUUACUAGUGAUUUGACAGCCCUUGAUCUUAUUAUUUCUGCUAUGCAAAAUGCUUCUACUGUUUUUGUCAAAGAAUGGAAUGAGGAAAUCUCGAAGGGAUUUACCUCUUGGUUCAAAGGUGUGAAUUUGACAGAUUUAGUUCAUUGGAUUACAAUUGGAUUCAUUGGAAUUGGAUUAUUGAUGCUUACAUUCUGUCUAUUACCCUGCAUUCUUUCAAUUCUCCUAAAAACCAUCCGUGCUGCACUUGAAGCUCUUAAAGCAGAUAUUUUGUACCCAUUUAAAAACAAAAAGGGGGAGUUGUAAGAGGCUCUGGACCUGACCCUCCUGGAAUGAGUUGAGACGCCUUUGUGUCAGGCCCACCCUAACCCGGAUCCCUGGACUACCACGGUGGCACUGAUGGCGUGGUGGAGUCUGGACUGGUUGGGGGACAGGGGAGGCACAGUAAGGUUGGGCUCCUCCUUUCGGGGAGGGAUUGGGGAGGACUCUCUAUCCCGAUUGGUGUACAGCAAGGAGGAAGGAAAAGAGCUAUAAAAAAGAGCGGCACGGAACCGUUCGGGGAGACACGGCUGACUUGUAACAUCAAUAAACAUCACUGUUCUAUCAA